AUGCGCGAUUGCUGGUCUGCGCGCCCUCCAGUCUCCUUUACUCUCUCUCUGCCGCCUGCGUUUCCCUCUCUGUCUUUGCCUAUGUGCGUGUGUCAACUAGAUAGAGGUCCCCAUCCACGUCUGCGGCAACCUCUCUGCUGCAUGCACAGAUCCGUUGCAGCCUCUAUUCUCCAAGACCGGACGCAAACGGAAACAGAUGGAGGCUUGGAUGUGGCUUCUGCCAUCAGCUCCGUCCGGGGCAAGUGCAAGAGUAUAGUCGACCGGGAUCAUGGAAUUUCUAUUCUGGAAUGCUGA